GCGGCGUGCUGCGCUCCUCGGCUGGCUCCACCUUUGGCGGCAGGUCGUAAACCCGCCAUUUUGUGCUCCUUGCGACAAGUGAGAGGAAGUCCUGAUGAAUUCCGAGAAUACGGCAGACAGGCAACGAGCAGCGGCCCCGAGCGGCGGCGGCGGGGAGGAAGAAGAACAUGAUGUUCAUAAAUGUGGUCGAUGUCAGGCAGAAUUUUGCAGCCUGGAGGGGUUCAUUACUCACAAAUUGCAGAAAGCAUGCCAGCGGACCCAGGCUCCAUCCACAGGUGGUCCUGAGCUUCUCCAUGUCAACCAGGCAGUCUUUGAGGAAUCCGUCUCCUUGGACUCAGCAAUCACUCUUUCACAGUUGGUUGUGGCUUCCCUACCACAACCCGACGCAAACAGCAAAUCACACUCUGAUGAUGGGAGUACCAAGGAAUGUCAGAUCUCAGAAGAGCAAUUCUGUGAAUACACUCAGCUGCAGCAGAGUGAACAGCUCACCAAUGAAGAAACUGAUGGUCAGAAGAACUCGGAGGAAGAGGCUGAAAAGCAGAGAUAUGAGAUGGUUCUGACUGACGAAGGACGAUUCAUGUGUCAAGUCUGUGAAAAGACCUUCAAAACGGCUGUCAUCCUAAAGGCACACAUGGUUACCCAUAGUGACAAGAAGCCUUUCAAAUGCAAGAUAUGCGGGAUGGCUUUCAGAACCAAGGGAUCUUUAGUUAGACACAAUCGACGACACACAGAUGAGCGGCCGUAUAAGUGCAGAAUGUGUGGGAUGAGUUUUCGGGAAUCUGGAGCACUCACUCGCCACCUGAAAGCCAUCACUCCUUGUACAGAGAAAGUGAAGUUCCAGCAGAUGAAAUUAAUUUCGACAACCGGCCAGGAUGAAUCAGUGAAUAAACCUGAAACUGAAGAAGUAAAUACACAGAUAGAAGAGUUGGUUUCUACAACAGUACCAGAGUCUCCAGAAACAACAGCAAUGAUCAGUGUGCUUAUGAAUUCUGAAGGAAGCAUUGAGGAAGUGCAGGUUCAUAAUGUGAGCCAAGCUCUAGAUUCUGAAGUUGCACAGAAACUGCAGUCACCUGUUUCUACGGAGCUGGUUCCAGAGGAGACGACCAAUGAGAAUCUGAUCUGUCAGGCCAUGAGGAAUUCCGGGAUUGUCAUUGAAACGGUGACCAUCGGAGAUUCCCAGAAAUGCAUUGAAGAAUCUCAGUUGAGUGCUGAGGAAGGAACUGAAGAAGAUGCUCUGGAGGACGGUGUUGUGAUGGAAAAUGAUGAUAUGGCAGACUUAAAAAGUGAUAGCAACUGCAAACAGUUCAAGUGCCCUCACUGCAAUCGAGUGUUCCGUGGAUCUAGCUAUUUGCGCCUGCAUAUUAAAGCCCAUUUGGGAUACAAGCCUCACAGGUGUGAGCUGUGCGAGAAGGAAUUUAUGACGGCAUACAUUCUGAAGAAACACCUGGAAUCGCAUUACAAUGAGAGACGCUUCAAGUGUGGGGAGUGUGGCAAGCUUUAUAAGAGCAUUGCCCACGUGAAGGAGCACAUGAGGGCGCAUUCAGAUGACCGGCCGUACCUAUGCCCAGUAUGUGGGAAAAAAUACAAGACAAAGAAUGCGCAGCAAGUUCACCUGAGGACACACUCUGAGAACAAACCAUUUGCCUGUGACUUUUGUACUCGGGCGUUCCGAGAGAAAGGAUCUCUCAUCCGACAUGUGCGGCUUCAUACCGGAGAGAAGCCGUUUACGUGCUGUAAAUGUGGCCGAGGCUUUGCAGAACAUGGGACUCUCAACCGGCAUUUACGAGCCAAAGGUGGUUGUCAGGUUGGAUGUAAAGAGCUGGAUCAGGUUGAGGUAUCAUCUGGUGACCAGUCUGCUGAUAGCGUUGCUACAGCUAUCAUCACUGAUGACCCACAUACUGUACUGGUAGAGUUCUCCUCAAUGGUGGCGGACACACAGGAAUAUAUUAUCAAGACCCCUUCUGAAGAGACAGAAAGCAAUGAUGUGGGCACCCUAAACCAAAGCUCUAAGGUUGAUAGUCAGAUCAUGAAAGUUGUGCAGCAAAUCGUGAACCAGGCCAGCUCUGGCCAUCAGAUCAUCGUCCAAAAUGUUUCCAUGGAAGAAGGCACUGAACAAGGCACAGAUACAAUCACCAUUGCAACACCCGAUAGUCUCACUGAGCAGGUUGCAAUGACAUUGGCCUCCAGCAUUAGGGAAGGAGCAGUUCUAGCAACAGAAGGCAGCCUGGAGGCCAGUCAGGACACUAUUACCGUGGUGACGGCUGAUGAUAUUGCAAUGUUGGAAAACGCAGAUGAAUAUGUGAUAACUACAGAAGAUGGGGAGGUGGAAAUACAGACGGUGGUGGUGGGCGAAUAAGGGGUCAUCUGAAUUUUGCUGUACCCUACUCAGGGAAAAGAAAUAAUUCACAGGGUAGCUGCAGGAACCCGUACACAAGGACAUGAUGCCUGGUAUUCCAUGCAAGUGCUUGAGCUGCAGAGGGCUAAUUAUUACUUGUGUGUAAUAUUGUUGGGCAAAAGGCCUUCCUGCAACACUCUGGUUUACAAUGGAUUGUGCCAAGAUACCUGGUUGCUACAGGCUGAAUAUAUAUAUAUAUAUAUAUAGGGCUCAAGUCCUGAGGAGUUGCUGAUGAAUGUUGUUGGCUGGCAAGAAGAGGUCGUGGAAAAGUAGACUAUGCCUAGCUGAUGAGCUGGAUUAAUCCUGGUUAAUAGCUGGGCUUGUUUGUUUACAUUGUUAAAAGUUUUGCUUUUUUCUGCCCCAUUCCCCUAAUUUCAGCCAAACCCUUCUGUGUUCAAAAUUGGGUCCUGGUGUUUUUUAGACAAUGAGUUGUGGUUGCUCUAUGCAACGUGCUGCUGCGUUUAAUGCACUGCGUCUUCUUCUCCAUUUAAAAUGGCUUCUCUAUAAAGAGCAUUCAGAGAAUUUAUCAGUGUAGUAGCAGUCUGAAUCAGGAGGAUGGAUUCAUACUGCUACUUGAUGGGAAUUUGACAAUGUUUAGCAGCAGAAAGGUUUCCUGUGUGGAUUGCAUCCCUGUUCCUAGCUUGCCUAUUCUACAUAAAGUUGAUGAAAUUUGAAAAUGGAAGAACAAAAUUCUAAAUGCAAGAAGUAACUACAUGAAACGAUACAAUCUUUUAAGAAAGCAUUAUUUGACUUAUUCCAUUUAAAAAUGACCCAUGAAAUGUCUGUACCUUUGUAAGUUAUUGGUUCUUAAGAGCUACUGACACUGGGCACUUGCGUCACAUCUUGGAAAAGAUGCCGCCUAUGUCCACCCUAAACUCAGUACGGUAGGUGACAACCUUUGUCAUAUGUGGUCUUUUCUCUUAAAAUGUUUUUUUAUUUUUGAGCCUAGGAAUAUUUAGAAUGGCAAAGAAGCACACGAUAGUGCAACGUAGGUUCACGAGAUUAAUUCCCGGGACUGUCAUAUGUUGAAAGAAUGGAGCGACUGGGCUUGUAUACACUGGAAUUUAGAAGGAUGAGAGGGAAUCUUAUUGAAAUAUA